AUGUUGUCAAAGGCAUUCUUCUUGCGUUCGCUAUAUAAGAAAAAUCCAGCACUGGCUAUUAAAGAAAACAAAGGAACUGAUGGGAAGAACAAAAGUAAUGAAAACAAACCUGCAACAUUGUCGCAGAAGAUUGCUGAAGCCCUAAAGAGUAUACCUAAUGUAAUAUCGACCUACAUACACCAGACAGUAGUAGCAGCGGCUUUUGGCAUGGCUUUAUUAUUCAUGACUGUCAUGGGUUUCGAUGGAUUAGCAGUUGGAUAUGGAGAAUCAUCUGGUCUUUCUGAUGCUGUGGUUGGAGCCUUCAGAUCAUAUGGAUCAGUCAUGGGUAUAUUGGGAGCACUAUCUUACGCAUUUUUUGAGCGCAAACUCGGUGUGAGAAGCGCUGGAUUACUAGGCUUUACGGUAUGAUA